AUGCACAGAAAUUUAAAUAUUUAUCAAAAAAUAAUUGUUUAUGUUUAUAAAAAUAAUAAAUUUAAAUAUAUGUUGGGAUAAAUAUAACAGACAAAUUUAUUUUUUGUCAACAAAAUCUAUAUGUUUUUUUUUCUAUUCCUGGUCGUGAGACACGUCACCUGUCACUUAUUGGUAAAAUGUCGGACCAGAAAAAGAAAAUUGUACUCUUAGAUGGAUCUUUUGGCUUCCAGUUGAGUAAGUACGUUUCAAAAUCUCUCGAUGGGGACCCUUUGUGGAGCGCCAGGUCUUUAGCAUCGGAUCCGGAAGCUGUUAUUCGUGUUCACCUGGAUUAUAUCAAAGCCGGUUGUGAUAUAAUCGAAACUAACAGUUAUCAAGCUAGUAUUCCGGGUUUUAUGAAAUAUUUAAAUCUCUCAAAGGAGGAAAGCUAUAAUCUUAUAAAAAAAUCAGUAAGUUUGGCAAAAACAGCAAUCGAGAGGGCGCAAAGAGACGGCAUUUUGCAAGGUGACGCAAAACCUUUGAUUGCUGGUUCAGUUGGACCUUAUGGUGCUUACUUACACGAUGGGUCUGAAUAUAACGGUUAUUACACUGAGAGGAUAUCAAGGGAGGAGUUUAUAGAUUAUCACAAGUCGCGAAUUUCAGCUUUGAUUGAGGGUGGGGUUGAUUUACUUGCAAUUGAGACAAUCCCGAGUAAAACGGAAGCGGAAAUUAUUGUUGAAUUGAUAAAAGAGUAUCCAAAUAUCAAAGCGUGGCUUUCAUUUAGUUGUCAAGCAGAGGGGGUUUAUACAGCACACGGCGAUAAUUUCAAAGACGCUGCAACCUCGUGUUAUAAAUUAAAUCCAGAUCAGAUAAUUGCGGUGGGGGUCAAUUGUAUAGCCCCCCAUGCUGUGGAGCCCCUCUUAAAGGAGAUAACUGGCAUUCCGUUGAUAGUUUAUGCAAACAGUGGGGAGAAAUAUGACCCAGAUUUAGGGUGGGAUAAUAAUUGUGAAAAAUUGGAGGAAUAUGUCCCAAUUUGGCUAAACUUGGGGGUGAAAUUUAUCGGGGGUUGUUGCCGAGUUUGCGAUAAUUACAUAACAAAAAUCGCAGAUGAGGUGAGAAAGUGGGAAGAAAAUAACUCGUAAAAAGCAUUUAUUUGAUAAUAUCUCUACAUUUAAUAAAUUUUUUGAUAAAGUUUA